AUAGCACCGCACCCGAGGUCUAUGAGAUUGCAGUUGGUUUAUUCAUGAAGUGACCGCUGCACACGUGUAUGCACGAGAAAAGAGGUGUGGUCAAGCAUGACGUCACUGGACUACAUGGAGAACGAGACGUUUGAGGAGUACACCAACUACACGAACGAGAAUAUGUACGAGUUCUAUGCGGUUCCUCAGAUGGUGUUCCUUGCUGUGGUCUGUGUCUUUAUCAUUGUGGGCAACUGUUUUGUCUUGGCUGCCAUCCGACUCUCAGAGAACGGCCGGAAGUCUAGAAUGAACUUUUUCAUCAUGCACCUGGCCAUUGCAGAUUUACUGGUUGGUGUCAUGGUAGUUAUCCCGGACAUGGCUACUAAAAUCACCGUUGAGUGGUACGCAGGGAACGCCAUGUGUAAGAUCAUCCAGUACUCUCAGACGGCGGUCACAUACUCGUCCACUUACAUGUUGGUCAGCCUGUCUCUGGACCGUUACGACGCUGUGGCCAGGCCCAUGAACUUUUCCAGGAGUGGGCUACAGGGGCGUUUCCUCGUUCUGAUUUCCUGGCUGAUUUCUCUAGCCUUCGCCUCUCCGACUAUCUACCUGUACUCUGAGACUGUGAGAGAGGGCAAGAAACAAUGCUGGCUGGAAUUCCCGGAAGUCUGGCAGUGGCAGUUAUUUUUCACUAUCGUCUUCGUAGUCACCUUUCUGCUUCCUGCCAUCAUCAUCGCCAGCUGUUACAUCGCUAUCAUAUACAUUAUAUGGUCAAAGGGACGCUAUCACGAGCCAACGCGAGAAUCUCAUAAUGACACCAAUGUGACCCACUCGCGUCUGAUCAUAAAUGAGAAUCGACACGAUACUGGCCGUGGCAUCAUCCCUCAGGCCAAGAUCAGAACUAUCAAGAUGACACUUAUCAUAGUCAUCGUGUUCAUCAUGUGUUGGAGUCCUUUCUUCCUGUAUAAUCUUUUUGACCUCUAUGAGCUCAUUCCCCCUAACGACUCCGUGGCCACCCUCUUUCAGUCGGCGGCCCCCCUUAACAGCGCAGCCAACCCGAUCAUCUACGGCAUAUUCAGCACCAGGAUAUGCAAAAACUUAAGACGUCUGCCUCUGCCUUCAUUUCUACGCAGUCUCGCUUGUCAUUGCCAGGAUAAUUUCUGCCGUAAGCGAAGUUUCCGGAGUCGUCAGCAUCCUUACCUUACCAGUCAAUUGACUGACCCGACGCAAUCCACCAUGGAUGUCCACCGCCGCGUGGACCUUAGAUCGCACUUAUCGAAACGAGGCAGCCGCCUGGGCAAAUGGACGGCAUGCCUGGACGACGUGGACCUCAUCGUGCUCCAAGAAGCUGAGCAGAAGCUCAAGAACUCGAAGUCUCAGAACAGCAAAGGAGCCGCCGCCAUGGGGAAGAAAGGGGGACAACAAUGCUGGGACCACGCUGUGGAUGGAAAUUACGAGUUAACCCCCUUGGCUCACAAUGAAGUGACGCACAGGAAGGGCACUAGCGAUGGAAGCGACGACUCGCCUCAGACAAGUGAAAGCAACGUAGUCAAGGGAAAAGACUACAUCAUUUAUACCGAGGAAAAUUUGGCAUUCGCGAACUCAUUGCCAAAGAAAAAUGAUAACAACUUUUUCAUUAAAAACGAUGUGAGAAAUCCAUGUAGUUUAGAGAGCUAUUCUGUAAACAAUCAAAGAUUGUUCAAGAAAAACUCUUCGAAAGACGAAAGCAUUGGCAUUUGUGAUUCAGGUUAUCCUGCUAAUAGAAGCGAUAGCUCCUUAACAAAAAACAAUGCCGUAAGUAAUUUUUGUGAAAUACAACGUGACGAGCAUGGAUUUAAUGAUGGAGGACAAUCACAUUUCGAUAUAGACGCCUCUUCUAAUUCCCAUAAUGCCUCCUUCUCAGAAUGCGCAGAAGUUUGCGCAGAGAGUGAUCUUGUUUUCGCCGACGAUGACUUAGAUGGGCCUCUCGAAAACUGUCUGGACAGGUCGUGUUUAGCCACGAGGCGACCGUCUGGAGUACCAUCCGUCCGGCGGAGACUGACAUCAGACGACAAUGUUGUCUUGAAGAACGCCACGUGCCAGUGGGCUUCCGUUGAUGUCUCAGCAGACUAGAAAAGUUUUACGUGAAAAAAAAAAGCUUCCUGUUGAACUAUUGGGUUGUUGUUUACCCUCUCACAACGAGACUCAAAACAGAAAAGUCAUUUCUUGGUGGCCUCCUACACCCUGUUGGGAAACAACUUUCCUUAUUUUUUGUUUUUGACGGAUUACAAUCCAGUUAUUUGAGUAUGUGAAACUAUAGAUCUAGUUCAUUUUGUGUCAAAUGCAUGUGAAAACUUACGUACUGGUCAAUUGGUCAGUGUGGUGUCACACCUGCAAAUCAUCCGAGGAAUUCUCCUCCUACUGAAGUAAAUUUAGUCAUGUAAUUUAUUAACUUACCUUUGCAAAUCAACCAAAGACAAUCUAAAAUCGCUUCCUUAAUGCAUUUCUCUUCCAUGCUGCUUCAGAGUGUAUCUCAUUAUUUCAAUUAUGUUUUCUUGGUUUAAAAUUUGUAAACAAAUGUUCAGCACACAGGGA